AAUGGCCGGCGCGUCCUCGCCGCCCCCGACGCCCAAGUCGCCCAAGCUGCAGCCGCCGCUCCUGGAGCGCGCCAAGGGCCCCUCCGGCCUCGACAAGAUCGUGCUCCGCGACCCGCGCGGCUUCUCCGCCGAGGUCCGUCUAUAUGGUGGGCAAGUAACCUCUUGGAAGAAUGACCAUGGGGAUGAGUUGCUUUUUGUAAGCAGCAAGGCCAUUUUCAAGUCUCCAGGAGCAAUUCAUGGUGGCAUACCCAUUUGCUUUCCUCAAUUUGGUACACAUGGGAAUAUCGAGAAACAUGGAUUUGCAAGGAACAGGUUAUGGUUAAUUGAUGAUAAUCCUCCACCUCUCCCAGUAAAUACAGCUAUUAAAACUUUUGCCGAUCUCAUUCUAAAGCCUUCUGAAGAAGAUCUCAAGAUUUGGCCUCACAGCUUUGAAUAUCGGUUAAGAGUUGCUCUUGGACCUAAAGGAGAUUUGCUUCUCACUUCUCGAAUAAGAAACACCAACGCUGAUGGAAGACCUUUCUCAUUUACAUUUGCAUAUCACACAUACUUCUCCGUGUCUGACAUAAGCGAAGUGCGUAUUGAAGGACUGGAGACAUUGGACUACUUUGACAACCUUGACGGGAAGAAGCGAUUCACAGAGCAGGGAGAUGCUAUUGUGUUUGAAUCAGAGGUUGACAAAAUAUAUCUGGACGCACCACCAAAAAUUGCAAUUAUUGAUCAUGAGAAGAAAAGAACAUUCGUCCUUAGGAAAGAUGGGCUUCCAGAUGCUGUUGUAUGGAAUCCAUGGGACAAGAGGUCAAAGACCAUUCAAGAUUUUGGUGAUGAAGAAUAUAAGCAGAUGUUGUGUGUGGAGCCUGCAGCUGUUGAGAAACCCAUUACUUUGAAGCCUGGUGAAGAGUGGAAAGGGAGGUUGGAGCUCUCAGCUGUUCCUUCCAGUUACUAUAGUGGUCAGUUAGAUCCGGACAAGGUUCUUCAUGGAUGAAAAUCCUCACUUGGGGCGUCACGUACAGGGACACUUCAUGACACUUAUAUUACCUUGUGCUUUGGCUGGCAAGGUGGACUUACAGGCCAUCUUUCCUCAUCUUCUCCACCUCUGCAUAUGCUUAUUUCCUGGAUAUGUAGAAGGAGGCCAGCACCGAAUAACAAAACUGCCCCAGUGGCUGUAUCGUGUGAUCUAUCUUCAGUGAACUCAAUCUAGUGUGCUCAGUCAUGACGAAAAGAAGUGAAUAAUGGCAUGCCAUAGUUUCGUGCUGCUUCUUGGUUAUGUGGAUAUUGGAUGGUGUGUUAUUCUGCAUCGGGCUAGGAUAUGGAUAUCUACCAAUUGUUUGCAGACUGUUGUCUGUAAUUUUCUAUCAAGAUCUGUACAUAUUGUAGCGACUUUCGGAACUUGCUGGUGGUCACCUUAAUAACAAAGGGAUUCUACUAUUUUGCUAUCAA